GAAGUCGCGCGGAGGUUUGAUGUAAGAAGCAGCUACCAAUCCCUGCCAGGCCGGACGUGUUGCUCCUGGCGUCCAUUGCGCUUGUAGCCUGACAGCAGUGCCGCCAUGUCGGUGGUUUUUGUGCCGGAGAAGCUGCGGAGCAAAGUGGAGGUGAACCAAGAGACACUGCAGCGGCUGCUUGAAGAAAACGAUCAGUUGAUUCGCUGUAUUGUUGAAUAUCAGAAUAAAGGAAGAGCUGCAGAGUGCGUGCAGCACCAACACACUUUGCACAGAAAUCUGAUUUAUUUGGCUACCAUCGCUGAGGCGUCUCCUUCUCCUGGUACAGAGAAGACCGCAGAUAGUGUCUGAGCACAAAUGCCUGCCUGGAGAAAGAACGAAAGGAAUCCAUCUGGAAGAGCCAGCAGUCGAAGAAAUGCCAUGCCUUUGGCAAUAGCCAGCUGAAUUGUGCUGCUUUGCCAGUAAAUACACUUUUUGUACUCUCAGAAAGAAAUGGCGAAGCACACAGUAAACAUAGGACACAGUAUGAUGUCUAAUGGAGCAUCAUGGAAGAUUCGCUAAGGGUGCCUGUUGGAAAGCUACGCAGAGGGGUUGAGCUUGCUCCACAGUAAGGAGCCGGAGACGUUGUGAUGUAAUGCCUUGCUAGUCUUUGAGGGAUAAGACUUAAUACUGCACAUGAAAACGACGAAGAGCAGGCCAGUUCUUCACUCAACCUUUGUUUCUUCAAACAGUGGCAUAAUUAUGCUAUGCUGCCAGUAGAGGGCAUCACUAAACUUUAAUAUAUUCCCCUUCCUGUAUUGAUUUUUAUCUACAAUAUAGGUAAUGUAGUCAAUAAUAAAACUGUGCAAAUCUGA